UUGCUGAUAUUUUGUUUUAAGUCAUUACAAUUUAGCCGUUGGACCUUCCAAUUUGCAUGCCAAAUUCUUUCUGCAAUGUUGUUUUCCUUUUUCUGUCAAUUAGGGAUAUAAGUUGGUCCUAGUCAGACCAACUAGUCUACUCAUCCUAGUACUUUCCAGAACCACUUAUAGAAGUGUGCACAAAAUGAAUCAUACACUAGGUGUGAAGUGUACCAAGGACUAAGUGGAAUGAGUCAAUGUGUUGGCUUGUUUUCAUUUCUUAACCUUGCAUUUCUCAUUUACUUAGUCAUUCUCUUAAGUCUAUUGCAUAUUUCUAUUCUAUGUAGUAACAAGCACGAUUUUCCAAUGUUUAGGCUGUUGUUUCUCUUAUUCUUCCCUUACCUUUCAUUAAAAACUUAAGACUGGUGAACCAGUUUGAAGAUGGUAAAUAACCUGCAUACCGUGCGUACAUGAGAAAAUUGUAUAUAUACCACUCUAAAUAGUGCAACUCCAAGAAAUGCCACUCAGAAAUUCAGAAUGCAACUGUUCUAAUGCCACUGAAAAAAAAGUAAAAGUUCUAUUUUUUGCCACUCUAAGCCCUUAACAAUAUUUGGUAUCUGUACUACGUAUUCUUCUCCCCUUGUUCCACCACAGUAACUAGGUCCAUACCUCUGGUCACCAUUGGUAUGAGCAGCUCCUACCCCUGAGCUUUGGUCUUGCCUUGUACUGUUUGUUGGGGAGGAAAAUUUGAAACAGCACCGAAUUUCUGGUGAUCAAGCUGGCUGGAGUCAGGGCCAAUUGAGACUGCCCUUCCAGCUCUGUUUUCUCAGGUCAAGAAGGGUGCUCUGACGGUGAAGCAGGGGCUCCAGUGAAACUGAUGGAUGUGGUCUUUACAGGUAGCUCCAUCCACAAGGGCUUUUGAAGAAUAUUUUCAGGUACGGGAUGCAGUGCAGGAAUUUUCACUGAGUGGUGAUCAAGAUGUGGUACGCUGGAAGUUGGAAGCUCAUGGACACUUCAAAGUUGACUUGGCUUACCGGCUAUUCUCUACAGUACAUGAGUGCUCGUCCUUGGGCAAAUUGCUCUGUCAGACUGUCACACAAGGGCACCAUCAAAAGUGCACUUCUUCAUGUGGUUUGCAAUCAAGGGUCUAUGCCUGACGGUGGACAACCUGCUGAAGAGAGGCUGGUUUCAUCAGCACUGCUGACCUCUGUGCCAGUCAAAAAAGCUUUUGACUCGUUCUGUCUGAUGUUGUGCUGUCUCGUGUGGAAUGAAAGAAAUAGCGGGGUGCUUGAUGUGUGAAUGCGAUCCUCCACUCAACUAUUCUCAGAAAUAAAAAAAUGAAAUCAUGGUGUGGUGUGAAGCGGGUUUGUUCAAGACAAGCAAGGAGGAAGGUGGCACAUCGUAAAGACGAUCUCAUUGAGAUAAUUGAACAUUUCAAUAUUGAUGUUGAAAAUCCUUGUGUCAUUAUGAGUCAGGACAAAAGUAGAGAAUUCUUACAUUCAGGGAAUAACAAGGACAAGUUUAAGUUCUUUUUCAAGGCUACUCUUCUUCAACAUGUAAAUGAUUUGCUUCUGGCGAUAAGAGAACUGUUGGACAAUGCGGACUCUGUUGUGCAAGAAUUGGAAAAGUCAAUUAAGCCAGCAAUGAUGGAGCUUGAUGAAUUACAACAGAAGAUAAAGAAUAUGGAACAUAUAGAGGAGAUAGCACAUGAAAUUGAUAACUUAAAGAAAAAGUUGGCCUGGUCCUGGGUUUAUGAUGUUGACAGACAAAUUGAAGAACAAACAGUAAAACUUCUGAAACUGAAAGAGCGAAUUCCCGCCUGCCAAGAAAAAAUUGAUGGACAUGCAGCCAUGAUAGUCAAAUUGAAGGAAGAAUUAACAGAUAAGGAAAGAAAUGCCAGAUCUUUGGUAGAAAAGUCACGUGAAGUAACCAUGAUGAAAGAAAAACUGGAGGAUGACAUUGCUCAGGCUGUUGCACUGAAGAUUGAACUAGAGAGAGAGCAUGUACGUGGUACAAAUGUGCUAAAGAAUAUGAACAAUCGUGUGAAACAACUCCAGAAACAAAUUCAUGAUUUCCGGGAGCAGUAUAUUCAAUACACGCAGGAUGAAUCAUCUAAAGCUGAGAACGACAAGUGUGAAAUACAGAAGGAGAUAAAUUCUCUUCAUUCAAAUGUUACAAGGUUAAAAGAGGAAGAAAGAGGGUUGCAUGAAACACAAAUGGGCAUUGUAAAAUCCAUCCAAAACAUGGAAACAGAGAUAGUUGAAAACAGAAAGAAGAUUACUCAAUUUAAAGCUCACAUUCGUGAUCUUCAACAACGUCAAUCUGAUAAGGUAUCAACAUUUGGGGGACAGAGAGUUCGGAACCUCUUGAAGUCAAUAGAAAGACAGGAAAGAAGAUUCAACAUCCCGCCUCUUGGUCCUAUAGGAGUUCAUGUGAAACUGGCUAGCGAAUCCUGGUCUUUUGCAGUUGAGUGUGCAUUGGGGAGGCUACUGGAUGCUUUUAUCGUCUCCUGUCACAGAGAUUCAGUCAUUUUGCGGGAAUGUGCGAAAGAAGUUAACUACCAUAACCUUCAAAUCAUUAUAUAUGAUUUUGCGAAGCCAAGACUGAACAUUCCAGAUCAUUUACUUCCUUCGACAACACAUCCAACAGUACUUUCAGUUAUUCAGUCGGAAAAUCCUACUGUGCUAAAUGUUUUGGUGGAUCAGGGUAGCGCUGAAAGAACAGUCCUAGUUCGAGACUAUGAAGUGGGCAGAUCUGUUGCAUUUGAUAAUAGGAUACAAAAUCUGAAGGACGUGUAUACUUCCGAUGGGUACAAAAUGUUUUCAAGAGGUCCUGUUCAGACCAUUCUUCCACCACACAGAAAGGGAAAUGCAGGUCGUUUGUGUACUUCACUGGGAGAAAAAAUAGCUGAAAUGGAAUCAGAAAUUGCUGACAUGGAGAGAAUAAUCUCACAAAGGACUCGGGAUAUGAAGAAGCCAAAUGAUAAACGAGAAGAUAUCGAAUUAAAAAUAAAGAAUUUGAAGAGAAAACGAGUAGAAGAGGAGCGUCUUCUUGAGAGCAAAAAAGUUCAAUUGGAUGACAUCAGGAAGACUUCUGCUGACAUUAAUCGUGUUACAUCGUCGGAUACCAGUGAACUAGAGGCAGAAAUGAUGCAAGUGGAAGUCGACAUUGAGCAGAAAGAAUUGUUAGUGCAGAAAACCAAUUUAAGGUUAACAAAAGCUUUGCAGGAUGAGAAUGACCGGAGAGCCUGUUACAAGGAAUUCAUUGAUGGUGUGUAUAGGGAGGUGGGGCCUAGUAAUGUUCUGGAGAAGGAAAUAGAACGUGUUAAGGACAAACUACAAACAGCUGAGCAGGGCAAGGCUUACUAUGAAGGUAUAAUGGAAACUAAAGUUUUACCUGAUAUUAAAAUUGCUGAAGCAGAGUUUGAAGAUCUUCAGAAGCUUCAGCAGGAGAGCUUCAAGAAGGCAUCAAUUAUAUGCUCUGAGAGUGAUGUGGAAACUCUGGGAGGUGUGGCUGGAUCCUCACCAGAACAACUAAGUGCUACGAUAAAUAAAUUGGAACUGAGAUUUCAUAAAGAAAGUAGCAGAUAUACUGAGUCCAUUGAUGAUCUGAGAGCAUUGCAUAUCAAGAAGAAAGAGAAAAUUGAAGAUAAACAGCAAUUAUAUGCAGGUUUUAGGGAUAAGUUGAAUUCGUGUCAAAAAGCUUUGGACAUGCGAUGGAAGAAAUUUCAGAGAAAUGCUGCUCUUUUGAAGCGACAGCUUACGUGGUUGUUCAACGAGCACCUAGGGAAGAAAGGGAUAAGUGGGUUUAUCAAUGUUGAUUAUAAGGAAAGACUUCUGUCUGUCGAGCUCACGAUGCCUCAAGAUUCUUCUCGUGACACAAUUACAGACACCAGAGGACUUUCAGGUGGAGAAAGAUCAUUUUCGACACUGUGUUUUACCUUGGCUCUUCACGGAAUGACAGAGGCUCCUUUUAGGGCCAUGGAUGAGUUUGAUGUAUUCAUGGAUGCAGUAAGCCGCAAGAUAAGCCUAGACACCCUAGUAGAUUUCGCCGUCACGCAAGGAUCACAGUGGAUAUUUAUAACACCACAUGAUAUCAGCAUGGUGCAACCUGGAGACAGGAUCAAGAAGCAGCAAAUGGCUGCCCCACGCGGUUGACAUCAGUAUGUUCAGCGCCUUGUAUAUAUAUAUAUAUAUAUCGUAUCCUUUUGGCGAACAUCAGUAUGCUGCCCGAUGUUUUUGGAGCCGCUGGUUUGUUAUUGAUCAUGUUGUAAGCCGCUGGUUUUUGGAUAAGCUUAUCUUGGCGCGACUGGAUCACGGUCUUGUUCUCUGGUACCAUUACUUGUAUGGCUAUUUAAACAUGAAGCAUCGUUAGUACCUCGGAGGCUGCAAAACACACGCGGUUCUGUCUUUUUAUGUCGUCAGAUAAUAUAGUUCUUGUAGCUGUUUUGAUUGUCCA